AUGACCAUGACCAUGACCGAUGACCACAGUCGGCGCCGCUUCGGUCCAUUGAACUUCCACCACAUGCCUUCCUACUCGAGCCAACCUCAUUUCUCGGAUCCUUGGUCCUCGUCGUCGCCGACGGGACCAGCACCCCAAGGCGGGAGCCAACAACACCCCCUUUACGCCGGCAACCAGGACAGCAGCGCUGCUGGCCUCCCUCACCUCAACCUCAGCACCCUUCCCAGACAACCACCCAACUCGCAGCACCCUCAACAUCCCCAGCACGGACAGCACGCCGCCACGACAGGAAGCAGUACCUCGAUGGCGCCCUACGGUUCUCUCCCAGUCACGGCCGCCUCGGGGGCCAGCGCCCCGAUCUCGGGCGUCUACAGGCAACACGAGAUGCUGUCGAUGCCACAAGAUGCCUUCAGCUUAAACCGACUACAGCAGCCGACCACGUCGGCCGCGUACGACGCGUCGGCAUACACGAGCUCGGCCUCGCCGGUGAACGCAUCGUACGCACCUGCGUCGGCGUCGCCGUACGAGCAGCUCGGCUACGCCCCAGCACAGAUGAGGGGGACCUUUGCUCUUGGGCACGAAGACAGCUCGAGGAGAUACUCGCAACAACAGUCAGUAGCCUCCAGCCCUGCGAAUCUGCGCGCCCCAGCCCACGGCGGGGCAGGCGCAGGCGCCCCGGGAUGCGCAUUAUCUGACCGUGAUGACAGAGCCCUGCAGCCGGAUGACCGGAGGAGCUUCCAGGAUGCGCUGGAGGCGAGCCAUGGGAUGCUCUCCAUGAGCCAGGACACGCCCCGGAAUAUCUACGACGUGCGCAACAGGGCGCGCGGUUCGGCGGACUCGUACGGGUUCCCCUCGACACACUCCUCGACCUCUAGCAUGUCGUCGGCCGGGUUCAGUGGUUAUUACGGAGGCUCUGUUGAUGGGUCGGUUAGCGAUUAUUCCGCGGCGGGGUCCGACAUCGAAUCGUUGUCGGGACGGACACUCCCCAGGCCCCAAGGUCUCAUGUCCAGCCAGCCGCCCGCACCUCAGUCCAUGAUGGGUUCAUUCAGCUCCAGGGUGUCGUCCAGCGCGCAGAAGAAGCACAAGUGCAAAGUCUGCGAUAAGCGAUUUACGAGGCCCAGCUCGCUGCAAACACACAUGUACAGCCACACGGGAGAGAAACCGUUUGGUUGCGAAGUCGAUGGCUGUGGCCGCCGGUUUUCGGUAGUAUCAAACCUCCGCCGGCAUAAGAAGGUCCAUAAGAGAGGCGGCGAGACCCCCUCGGACACGGGCUCAGAGACACACGAGUCCCCGUAA